GGUGAGGAAAUCACUAAGGAGGAGAUUGACAUGCUGAGUGACGCUUGCACCAAGCUGCAGGAACAGAAAAAAUCACUGACAAAGGAAAAGGAGGAGCUUGAGGAGUUGAAGGGUGAUAUCCAGGAGUAUAACGAGGAUUUGCAAGAGAUAAAAGAGCUCUCUAAAGCUGGCCAGGAAGAGGUAGUGGAAGAGUCAAAGGCAAGCAAGAGGUUGACCAAGAGGGUGAACCGAAUGAUUGGUCAGAUAGACAAAAUUAUUAACGAAUUGGAGACAAGUCAAAAGACAGUGGAUGUAAAGCUGGACAGUGGUGAUAGUCCUCCUGCAGGGGAGAAUCUCAUCAGUAUUGCUGAGCUAAUUAAUGCGAUGAGACAAAUUCAGAAGAUUCCAGAGGACAAGCUAAUUAGGAUUGCAGAGGCACUGGAUGAAAACAAGGAUGGCAAAAUUGAUAUAGAUAAUGUCGUCAAGGUAGUAGAAUUGAUUGACAAAGAAGAUAUUGAUAUUGGCACGAGUCAAGUUGCUGAGAUUAUGGCACUGCUUCAGAAAGAAGAAAAACUGGAAGAAAAAGAGAAAGCAAAGGAAAAGCAUGAUAAAGAAGCUGUGGAAGCCAAGAACUAAGCUUCAGAAUCUGAAGCUAAUCCCAUUGUAACCAAAACCUUGUAUAUCUUUCUGUGUCUAAUGGCUACGUAUUACUUGAGCUUUGUGAUUAUGGGAAGUGUUUUGAGCUGAUUCUAGUAAUAAAUCCUAGAUAUGUUUUCUGA